AUGUAUGAACAGGAAGUUGGUGAUAUUGAAGGCAAAGGAUUUGGAGAUUCCGGUGAAGAUGAUGAUGAUGAUUCAUUGUCUUCCUGGUUGUCGCCGGAAGACCUCGACUAUUACGCCGACAACUUUACCAAGACCGGCUUCACCGGCGGGGUCAAUUACUAUCGGGCAUUGAAUCUAAACUGGGAACUAUUGGCUGCUUGGACCGGAGCUCAGGUGAAAGUGCCGGCGAAAUACAUAGUGGGCGACCUUGAUUUAAUGUAUAACAAUAAAGGCGCAAAGGAAUACAUACAGAAUGGAGGACUGAAGAAAAACGUGCCAUUGUUGGAGGACAUAGUUGUGAUUGAAGGAGCUGCACAUUUUAUAAAUCUAGAAAGACCCGAUGAGAUUUUAGAACAGGAAGUUGGUGAUAUUGAAGGUGAGUUUGAAAAGAUAGGCGUUAAAGAAGUGAUGAAGAAAUUCCUUACAUACCGUAAGCCUGCACCUCUGUUUAUUCCAAAAGGCAAAGGAUUUGGGGAUUCCGGUGAAGAUGAUGAUUCAUUGCCUUCCUGGUUGUCGCCGGAAGACCUCGAUUAUUACGCCGACAACUUUACCAAGACUGGCUUCACCGGCGGGGUCAAUUACUAUCGGGCAUUGAAUCUAAACUGGGAACUAUUGGCUGCUUGGACCGGAGCUCAGGUGAAAGUGCCGGCGAAAUACAUAGUGGGCGACCUUGAUUUAGUGUAUAACAAUAAAGGUGCAAAGGAAUGCAUACAUAGUGGGGAGCUGAAGAAAAACGUGCCAUUGCUGGAGGACAUAGUUGUGAUGGAAGGAGUUGCACAUUUUCUAAUGCAAGAAAGCCCCGAUGAGGUUAACAAGCACAUUCAUCACUUCCUCAAAAAUCAUGAGAAGAACUAA